AGACCAUGCGAAUGAAUAGGCUUAUUGUGAUGCCACUUUGCUGUCGCCGACCAGGAAGGUACUUCAUUGUGGCUGAGGACAUAACAGCUCAGCUGAUCAAAUAGAGAACGUAGGAAUUAUGUGGCGGUGCUUUUUUGUAGCUUAGACAGUUGUGCUUAGUUGGUAGACUAUAGUCCAAGAUAGAAAAUCAUUGCUCUCUUCACAGUGACGCGCUGGAUCGGUUCUUUGGACAAUAGAUUUUCGCUGGCUGGGAUUUUCCUGUUUAUGGUUGCACGGUGUUGUCAACCCGCAGUGCAAAAGCCUCGUCUCUGCUGAGAAUGCUGCAGAACCAAAAGUCAAAAGCCGCCGAUGGCGUACCUGGUUCCUUGGUGUCUGAAGCUGCGCCAGUGCCGGGGGAUGAGACCCGGGCGUCGAAGUAUGGAGUGGUAGACAAUCACAUAGGAGACAGCGAUAUCAUAAAGUCUCCAAGUGACCCGAAGCAAUACAGGUACAUCGAGCUGACCAAUGGAUUUCGAGCCCUGCUCAUAUCCGACUUUAGUGGCGUGUUGACCUCGGAUGAGUCAGAGUGUGAGGAUGACGAGGCGGAAGGAGAGGAAGAGCAGAAUGGUGACUCUGGAGAGGGGACAGAGGAGGAUUCUGAUGAAGAGGAUGAUGGGAAUGACAGUGACAUUGAGAAUGUGGGUAAUGAGAUGGAAGGAAAAAGGAAAAAAGGCUUCUCAGAGAGACAGUCUGCGGCUGCGUUGUGUGUAGGGGUGGGCAGCUUCAGUGACCCUGAUGACCUACCAGGCCUCGCCCACUUCCUAGAGCACAUGGUGUUUAUGGGCAGUAAAAAGUACCCUUCCGAGAACAGCUUUGAUGCCUUUUUGAAGAAACACGGUGGCAGUGACAAUGCAUCCACUGACUGUGAGAGGACAAUCUUCCAGUUUGAUGUCCAGAGGAAGUACUUCAGAGAGGCUUUGGACAGGUGGGCCCAGUUCUUUAUCUGCCCGCUGAUGAUCCGAGACGCCAUCGACAGGGAGGUGGAGGCUGUGGACAGUGAGUUCCAGCGGGCCAAACGGUCUGACUCCCACAGGAAGGAGAUGCUGUUUGGGAGUCUGGCCAAACCCGGCCACCCCAUGGGCAAGUUCUGCUGGGGCAACGCCCAGACCCUGAAGCAGGAACCAAGGAAGAAGAAGAUCAACGUGUACAAGCGUAUGCACUCCUUCUGGAACAGACACUACUCCGCCCACUACAUGACACUGGCAGUGCAGUCUAAAGAGAAGCUGAACACUCUUGAGGAGUGGGUGAGAGAGAUCUUCAGCGACAUACCCAACAACGGUCUGCCCAAACCAGACUUUUCCAAGCAGGUGGAACCCUUUGAUACCCCAGCCUUCAACAAGCUUUACAGAGUGGUUCCUGUUAGGAAGGUGCAUGCCCUGACUAUCACCUGGGCUUUGCCCCCCCAGGAAAAGCACUACAGGGUGAAGCCUGUCCACUAUAUUUCAUGGCUGAUUGGUCACGAGGGCACUGGCAGCAUCCUAUCAGUGCUCAGGAAAAGGUGCUGGGCCCUGGCCCUGUUUGGAGGAAACAGUGAGACAGGUUUUGACCAGAACACCACCUACUCCAUCUUCUCGAUCUCCAUCACUCUCACAGAUGAGGGCUUCCAGAACCUUUUCCAGGUGGCUCAUUUGGUGUUUCAGUAUCUCAAGAUGCUACAGGACCUGGGCCCUCAACAACGAGUAUACGAGGAGAUUCAGAAGAUUGAGUUCAAUGAGUUCCACUACCAGGAGCAGACUGAUCCUAUAGAACACGUGGAAGACAUCUGUGAGAACAUGCAGCUGUUCCCCAAGCAGGACUUCCUGACGGGAGACCAGCUCAUGUUUGAGUACCAACCAGAGGUGAUUAGUGCAGCCCUAUCUUUCCUGACCCCGGAGAGAGCCAACCUCAUGCUGCUUUCUCCACAACAUGAGGGACUCUGUCCCCUGAGAGAGAAGUGGUUUGGAACACACUACAACAUGGAGGAUAUCCAGCAGGAAUGGAAGGAUCACUGGUCAGGAGGGCUGGAGCCUAACAAUGAGCUGCACCUUCCUGCUGAAAACAAAUAUAUUGCCACUGACUUCACCCUGCAGCCCCCUGACAUCCCUAAUUCUCACGUACCAGUCAGAAUUGCCAACAGCGGCCUGGGCUGCAUCUGGUACAAGAAGGAUGACAAGUUCAAGAUCCCCAAAGCCUAUGUGCGGUUCCACCUAAUAUCUCCUGUCAUCCAGAUGUCUGCUAAGAAUGUGGUUCUGUUUGACCUCAUGGUGAACAUCCUGGGUCACAAUGUUGCAGAGCCUGCCUACGAGGCUGAUGUUGCCCAGCUGGAGUAUAAACUGGUUGCUGGGGAACAUGGCCUGGUCAUCAAGGUCAAGGGCUUUAACCACAAGCUUCCUCUGCUGUUGCAUCUAAUCAUAGACUACCUGGCUGACUUCUUAGUCUCUGCCGAUGUCUUCAGCAUGUUCUCAGAGCAGCUUAAGAAAGCCUAUUUUAACGCCCUCAUCACACCAGGGAAGCUUGACAAGGAUGUGCGUCUGUUGAUCCUGGAGAGUUCUCGCUGGUCCAUGGUGGAGAAGUACCAGGUCUUGUGUGGGAGCCUAACUGUGGAGAACCUUAUGGAGUUCAGCAGAACCUUCAAAGCCCAUCUCUACGCAGAGGGACUGGUGCAGGGAAAUUUCACCAGUGCGGAAUCUGCCCAGUUCCUGCAGUAUGUCACAGAUAAACUGCAGUUCUCUAAGCUGACACAGGAGGUGCCAGUGAUGUUCAGAGUGGUGGAACUGCCCCAGAAACACCAUCUCUGUAAAGUCAAAUCACUCCACAAGGGAGAUGCCAACUCAGAGGUCACAGUAUACUACCAGUCUGGACUUAAGAACUUAAGAGAACACACUCUUAUGGAGCUGCUGGUGAUGCACAUGGAGGAGCCCUGCUUUGACUUCCUCAGAACCAAAGAGACCCUGGGGUACCAUGUCUACCCCACUUGCAGAAACACCUCUGGCAUUCUGGGAUUCUCUGUCACUGUGGAAACACAGGCUAACAAGUUUAACACUGAGCUGGUGGAGCUGAAAAUAGAAGAGUUUCUUGCUUCUUAUGGGGAGAAGAUUAAUUCCUUGACAGAAGGGGCAUUUAACACACAGGUGACAGCACUGGUCAAGCUGAAGGAGUGUGAGGACACACACCUGGGUGAGGAGGUGGACCGAAACUGGGCUGAGGUGGUCACUCAGCAGUAUAUCUUCGACAGGCUCAACAGAGAGGUUGAGGCCCUGAAGCAGAUGACCAGAGCAGAGCUGGUUUCCUGGUAUCUGGAGCACCGUGGACACAACUGCAGGAAACUCAGCAUACAUGUGGUGGGAUUUGGGACUGAGGAGAAUGACUCCCCGGAGGAGGAUUGUCGGCAGAUGGAAGAGGAUGAGGAAGAGGAGGAUUGCAGGGUGGAGGAGUGCUGUAACUCUUCCUAUGGGGAGGUGUCCAAACUAACCUUACUCCCCAUCUCGCCAAAGAUGGCCGGAUCUACAGCCAUCAUUGACAUUCCUGCGUUCACCCAUAGUCUGCCCCUCUUCCCCUACCACAAGAUUCUACAAUAAACACUACUCUGACUGACUGACUUGAUGACUUUUUGAGCUUCCCAGGUUGCUUCACCUCUUAUUUUAAAAUAAGCUUUUCUGUUCUUCCUGUGGGGUGUUGACUGGGAAAUGGACUGUGUUCAAAAUUACUUCUUACAUGAGUGUUAUUGAAGGUCUGCAGUGCACUGUUUAAACUAACAAAAUCAUACUGUGAUUUGAAACCAUGUGUCAAAUAAA